AUGAUGCUGUACCCUUCUCAGUUCAUCGUUUCAGAAGAGCACUUAUUUAACUUGAAGCUUGCUGUAAAAGAACUUGAUAGGAAUGCCAAGAAAUGUGAUAAAGAAGAAAAAGCUGAAAAGGCCAAAAUUAAAAAGGCCAUUCAGAAAGGUGAUACAGAAGUUGCAAGGAUACAUGCUGAAAAUGCAAUUCGCCAGAAAAACCAAGCAAUCAAUUUCUUGAGAAUGAGCGCUAGGGUUGAUGCUGUGUCAGCCAGAGUUCAGACGGCAGUAACAAUGGGCAAGGUAACCAAGUCCAUGGCAGGUGUAGUUAAGUCUAUGGAUGCUACGUUGAGAAGUAUGAACCUUGAGAAGAUUUCUGCCUUGAUGGACAAAUUUGAACACCAGUUUGAAACCCUUGAUGUCCAAACACAGCAAAUGGAAGACACAAUGAGUAGCACUACAACCCUAACAACACCACAAAACCAAGUGGAUACUCUGCUUCAAGAAAUGGCAGAUGAAGCUGGCCUUGAUCUCAACAUGGAACUACCACAAGGUCAGACAGGUUCUAUUGGCGCAAGUGUUGCUUCGGUGGAACAGGAUGAACUAUCACAAAGACUUGCUCGUCUACGUGAUCAAGUGUAACUUGAAGAAUGAGUGCUUCUGCUUGCUUCUGAAGGGGUCGUUGCAUACGUGGGUGGAUUGUACUCCAAUUAGACUGAAAGUACUAUGCAUAAAUAUAGGAAUACUUAAACAUAUACAAAUACCAUUUGUAUAUAAUGUUUGCCUUUGCCUUGCUGUAUUUUAUACUUAAAGAAAUUCGAAGGAGUGUUCACCUUAACAGAUUUUGUAGUUGUGUAUAUUAGGUGCAAUAGGGAUAAGGAAUAUAUUUUUGUAAGAGAUGGCACUAGCUUCAUAUAUGUUAUACAUUUUCCUCAAAAGUCAGAUUAAAACAAAAAGCAUCAGAGUACUUCUAAAGUACUUCAUACAGAAUAUACAACAAAGUUUUUUUUUAAUUUUAAAGUUGUUCUUAAUCUCUGAUUUUAGUGAUAUGUGGCUCAUAGAAAUAAUUAAGAACAGGGAAAACUUGUUUAUCUAAUAUGUUUGCAUAGCCAAAACACCUCAUUUAGUGUCACACCAUGGACAAUGCCUGUUUGUGUGCCUUAUGUUUGUUUUUGUUUGAAACAAAGAUGUAAUUGACUUAAUCUGUUCAUCAACCUUUAAACUAUAUACAGUAACAACAUGAGUAUUGCUUUAGCCCUAUGAUUUUUUAAAAAUGUUU